UAAGCAUAUAGAGUUUAUGUAUGAGAUUGUUAAACUGGGAAUAAGAUUACAUUUAAAAUAUAUAUUAUGUAAUUACGUACGUAAUUCUCUGCGCGGGUCCACCGGGCAAGCAGGUGCAACGGACACCUCCGGUACACCAACAUUGGUUGCAAGAAGAAAUAAGAUGGAGAUGUCGGGAGCCGCUGGUUUCUUCCUGUAUUUCGCCUUCGGAAGCAACUUAUUGAAAGAAAGACUACAGCUGGCUAACCCGUCGGCGACAUUUUAUAAGACCGGUCGCCUGAAGGACUACAAACUGAACUUUGGCCUGUGGAAAGAACACAUAGACAAUGCUUGGCACGGUGGCGUGGCAACCAUUGAGUCGUAUCCAGGCGCAGAAGUGUGGGGGGUCAUCUGGACUUUGAACAACGAACACCUCUCAAGCCUUGAUGACCAGGAAUCAGUGAAUGCUGGUGUAUACUCUCCACUGGAGGUCUCAGUGGAGACUGAUAACGGGACUGUGCUCUGCAGGACAUAUCAGAUGAACAACUUCCACGCCUGUCCUCCCUCGCCUCAAUACAAACAGGUGGUGUGUCUGGGCGCGGAGCAGAACGGACUCCCCGUAGAGUACAAGAAGAGCCUGGAGGCCAUUCAAACCAACAACUACAGCGGCCCCUCGAUCCUGGACCAAAUUCCAACGAUCAUGAACCGGAGAUUAAACAGUCCAGAUUAUGGACCUUUUAACCUCAAACAUGAUUAUAAAUGAUUACCAUUAUAUAACAAGAUUGAGACUAAGAUAUAAUUAACAGGACAGGGAAAAAUGUUUUUUGUUUCACAAAUAACUCUCUCAUGUUAUGAAAGUGGCACCACUGUGUGGACAGAACUCAAUAAUGCAUGCAAUUUAAUAACGAGACGUUUGGCUGAGCCCAGCACAAACAACAUCUUAAUCACCGCUGAGCAAAUAGAUUGUGUUGAAAAAUGUGUUUCAUUUCAAAGACUAAAAAUAUGCAGCGCAGACACUUGUUACCACAGUGUUCCUCUGGGGUAUAUUAAACACUGAUGACACACCCUUAAGACUCUA